AUGACUUCCGAGUCCGAGCGAGCUGUUGUUCCCAGCCAUGUGCCUUCACAAUCUCCUGGCCCAUCCCAUGCUUUGCCUGAUAGUCCUGCUGUCACCCCUACUCCGCCCAAGUCUCCAAGUCACGGAGAGCAUCUACAAAUGAAAAAGAAAAAAUGUCCUGUGAAGCGGAAGAGGUCAAUGGAGGGUGUUUAUGACAUGCAAUGCCAAGUUUUAGAACAGGAGAUGGAGAAGAACAAACUGGAGAUGGAGAAAACUCAGCUCCAGAUUGAUCUACUUGUCCAAUGGUGCGGUGUUUUUUCUUUGAUGUUUCUCGACUGA